AGCUGUACAUGAGAACGGUUGCCGACGGUGCUGUUAUUGCUGUGGAAACGCAGUUCUAGAAAGUAUCUUUUUUAACUCGUAAUAAAUAGUAAAGAUUCGUUUUUUGGUUCGUCGAAUUAUUGUAUUGAUUCUUAAUAAAUACAAAAAACAUAUACUUCUAAUUACAAAUUAUUACAGGUUGUUUACGUUAGGCAACUACUGCGAGCAGAGAUAAGCCUGCACGUAGGAUACGACUUACGAGAUAGAAGCGACUUACUAACUCAGGUUCUGCUGUAGUAGCUACAAUAGAACCGGUGGUGCGAAAAUCAUAUAAGAUUCAAUCUGUUGCCUCAAUAGUUCAAGAUGAUAAACAAAUUAACGCACGCAUGUAUGCGUUUCAUGCGUGUUGGAAACAUCGCGUGUCAGACUACGAAAAGGCAGUUAUCCACGACAGCGGCAAGACAUUGUAGUCAUGAAGAUAAGCCGCAGCGCAUCCCGACCUCACAAGCGGACUCCUUCCUGGACAUCGGCAGUCGAGACCUGUUCGACGCGAGCCACGACAUCUUCAGGGCCUCCGCCCGCAAGUUCUUCAGUGAGGAGGUCAAGCCGUACCAUGCGCAGUGGGAGGAGGACGGGCAGGUGUCCCGUGAGGUGUGGGAGAAGGCGGGGGCCGCGGGUCUCCUCGGUAUCGGGACGCCCGCGGAGGCGGGAGGCCACGGGGCAGACUUCCUCCACAGUGCCAUCGCUGUCGAAGAACAGUGCUACGCGCGAGCCUCGGGCCCUGGGUUCUCGUUGCACAGUAACGUAGUUAUGCCGUACUUUACGAAUUACGGCACGAAAGAACAAAUCGAACGUUACGUUCCUGACAUGACGGCCGGCAAGAAAAUCUCAGCCAUUGCCAUGACCGAGCCCGGUGCUGGCAGUGACCUGCAAGGCGUCAAGACACGGGCCGUGCGCGACGGCGACGACUGGAUACUGAACGGGUCCAAGACGUACAUCACCAACGGGACGCUGUGCGAUGUCGUGCUCGUCGUGGCCGUCACGGACCCGGAUGCUAGGGCCCGUGCCCACGGCAUCUCAUUGUUCAUAGUCGACGCUGGCACCAAGGGCUUCAAUAAGGGCAGGAAGCUCAAGAAACUUGGACUAAAGGCACAGGAUACGUCCGAGUUGUUCUUCGAGGACGUGAGACUGCCGAAGGAGGCGCUGCUGGGGACCGAGCUCAACAAGGGCUUCUACCAGCUCAUGCAGGAGCUGCCCCAGGAGCGGCUGAUGGUGGGGCUUGGGUGCACGGCGGCAUGCGAGGUGAUGUACGAGGACACGCGCGCCUUCAUCAAGGAACGCAAGGCGUUUGGCAAGAGCCUCGCCAAGAUGCAGGUCAUCCAGCACAAGUUGGCGGAGCUCAAGACGAGCAUUUGCGUGGCGCGAGCUUUUACUGACCAAUGUAUAGGCCUACACACGCAGGGCAGGCUGGACGCCUUCACCGCCGCUAUGAACAAGUAUUGGGCGUCGGACCUGGCCAACAAGGUGGCGUACGACUGCCUGCAGCUGCACGGCGGUUCAGGGUACAUGCUCGAGUACCCCAUCAGCAGGAGCUACGCGGACAUGAGUCACUGCCUGGACCAUCGUGGCCUAGGGCACUGCCAGGACCAUCGUGGCCUAGGGCACUGCCAGGACCAUCGUGGCCUAAGACACUGCCUGGAUCAUCGUGGCCUAGGGCACUGCCUGGACCAUCGUGGCCUAGGGCCCUGCCAGGACCAUCGUGGCCUAGGGCACUAG